AUGCCAAACACGCGUCCCGGGCUUACCUUGCCUACUCAAGCUCUGCCCGCCGUUCACGGUUCAUUUUGGCUGGAGGUUGACCAAAGUGCCUUCCAUAGAUCCCCCUGCCGUACCUCAACCCACAAUGUCCUUCACUUCCUCACCUUGUGUUUCCUCCAAGGGGGAGGGGGAGGGGUUGCUGCAGAUUUGGCCAAUGAGGGAUUGAGAAGAGCGCUCAAAGACCCGCCCCAACGAGACGGACAAGCAGGAUCCUGGAAAAAGCACGAGGGAAAGAGACAAGACGGGACGGGAGGAGCCAGCUUACCUAACCUGCUUUCACCUUACAGGCUUACACUGGCACCAAGCCUGAGGAAGGUCCCCAUUCUGUCCCCCGUGCAGCGUGGCUGCCCCCGCUCUUGUUGCAAUCCUUCAGUCCCGUCCGUCUCAUUAACCAUCCCCCGGGCUGUUAAGCUUCGGCCAUCGAGGUACCGCGGGCAUCCAACGACCAUCCCCCAGAGCGACUUCUUCAUGCCUUUGUUAUCGCUAGACUAUCAAGCAUCUAGAGGUACAGAUACUACAUCCGACUAUCGCGCUUGA